UCUUUAGUACGAAAAAUUAUUCUAUGUCAUCCGUUUUUAACCAAUUUUACGAAAUGUUUCUCUUGUUUCAGACAUAAAGACAAAAAUACGUAAAAUCAUCAAAAAUGGGCAAUACAUCAUCACAUUCACGUGAGCCAUUUCAACGUGGUUUCAUAAGAGAUAUUAAGGAUAAGAGAUUUUCAUCAUUUCGACUGAAAGAUGGUUCGAAGAAAAAAAUGGAACAAAUUAGACGUUCGUUUCGUGAUUCGUUUCGACGUCGAAAACCAGUGCCUGAUUCAUCGAAUCCAUUGAAGUGGCCAACAGAUGAACAAGCGAUAAGGUCAUCGAUUUGUUCAUUCCCGGUGAAAUAUUUGGGUUGUAUUGAAGUAUUCGAACGAGCCGGUGUUGAUAUUUGCGAAGAGGCGAUGUCGAUGCUUAAGCGCUCUCAACGUCGACCGAUGCGUGGCUUUUUGCACAUCAGUGGAAAUGGGUUGCGUAUCGUUGACAAAGAUACAAAAGCGUUGAUCGCUGAUCAUUGUAUCGAAAAAGUGAGUUUCUGCUCGGUGGAUCUUGAGAAUGAACGAGGCAUUAGCUACAUCUAUCGUGAUGGGACGACAUGUCGUUGGAUGUGUCAUGGGUUUUUGGCUACAAAAGAUUCGGGCGAACGUUUAGCUCAAGCGAUUGGCAUUGCAUUUUCCAUCUAUAUGAAACAAAUUGAGGAUCAUCAAGUCGAAAUUCAGAGACUCAGUUCAUUCCGUCAAUCGAAACGGUUGCAUAAUGAGCGUGGUGUUGAUGUUGGCAACAGAGCACCGGCUGCUAUUGUUUCGCCGCAACCGAAACCACAUAAUCCACAUGCAAUUGAAAGACCCCAUGCAACACCAACGAUGAUCGAACGGUGCUAA